CUGCGUCUUAGGUGGCAGGAUUACAUUCAGUGAAUUUGUUUGCAACCUCUCUUCCAGUUUUAUAUUUCCUUAUAACAAGGAUUUGAGGUCGUUUUUUAUUGUAUUUAGUGAGAUUUUGUCGGUGCUAUGGUGACACUAGUGAUGGGUAAUAGACGUGCCCCCCAGCCUAGGAAUAUAACCGCUACACCAGCCAAAAUAUUGACCAUUGCUAGCUUUACCAAAAAUAUUCAGACUUAAGCGUCAAGAUUUUUUUCAGGGAGCAGCUGGUAUGAAGAUAGUUGAUUACAUUAAAUAACACAGGUGGCUGUCUUCUGGUUUGCUGGCUAGCUAAUUUGGACUCAAGCGUGUAUGCUAACUUUUAAUUUCAGUAUAGUUAAAAAAAAACAAAACAAAACUUCAAGUUAGUGUAAAUUCGUUCAUAAAUGAGGUAUGAAUGUUACACUAGUAAUAUUUAAGUAACCAAACAACUUAAGAAGAUGGAGUGACUUUUAUUUAUCUCUUAAAUUACCUGAGCCAGUCACUGAAAUGGAAGAUACAACGGUUUGUGCCAACAGCCGUAAUACCACAAAGACUGACCUCAGGUUGCUGCUCGAGUGUCUGAAGUUUCAGAUGAAAUGUCCUGAGCUGCAGAAACAAGCCCUUCUAGCCAUUCACUCAGUCUGUGACAAAAGUGAGGAUCAUGUUGACCUGCUAAGAGAAAUGGGAGGUGUGGCCUUUGUGUAUAAUCUCUCCAAAUCCAGCAUUGUGCAUCCAGAUGUUAAGGAGACAGCACUCUUUACUCUUGGCACAGUGGCAGAGGCCAAUGUUUAUUGCAAAAAUUCGCUGUGCAGGAAGGAGACAUUCAUAGACCUUGUUGAGUGGUUGACAAAAGAAGACGUUCCACUGACAAAGAAGAGAGUUACUGUUUAUUUUCUGACAGUGUUGGUUGCCAACAACAAAUUAGGGCAGACACUUGCCCAAACCACUGGCUGCCUGGAUAUUCUCCUUGACCUUUUCAGAACCACUUUUCCCCUCUCUCCAGAGACUACGUUAAGGACACCUAAUGCUACUCAAACAUACAAACUCUGGUCAUCUGUGUCUAGUGCUUUGUGUGGAUGUGUCAACAAUCCUCAGAAUGAGGAAGGUCAGCGCAUCUGUGUAGCAGCCUUUCCCAUAAUAAAAAUCUGGCUUCAGCAGAUUGCUUUGCCCCAGACUGAGAUUUUUCAGUCCAUAUUCUUCUUCGUUGCAAUGGUUGUUGCCAACAACUCUUGUGUUCAAGAGAGCUUUUCUGCCUCAGGGGGAUUGGAAGUUCUCACUCUCACACUGGUUCGCUUUGCCUCAGAGGCAGAGACAAGCUUGUUGGCUUGCCAGCUCUCUGUCUCUAUAUCCAAAACCCUGUCAGCUUGCAUUACUGAUAACUCUGCUCUAGCUUCAGGCCUGGCUCAGUAUGGGGUAGUUUAUCACCUUUUGUCACUCCUGAUGAAUCCAAACUUAGACCCAGAGGACAAACUUUCUGCUUUACUCACCCUGGGGCACUGUACUGAGGCCUCUGAGGAGCACCAGAACCAGUUGGUGCAAUGUGGUGGCCUACCCCUCAUAAUAACCUUUCUCACAGAGGAUUCAAGUGAGGAAGUUAGGAAGUCGGCUACAUUUAUUUUACAGACCUGUAAACAGGCCACAAGAGCAUUGGGUCUGCCUGAUUUGGUAAUAAGACAGGGCAGUGUUGAAAAUACUGACCCUGUUACAAACAUGGAAGGCUUCAGGAGUUCAGCCAGAGAAUUACUGUACAGAAUUGACCUGCUAGAGACAAGUCAGCAGAAGAGCAGAAAAACCAUCUCCAAUUCUUACAAACAGAGCAACACUCUUAAUGUAGAAGCAGAGGAGAACAACAUGGAACCUCUGAUUGUCAGACGAGCAGCAAAGAAGCAGAACAAGAGUGAAAUGAAAAACAUAAGCUUUAGUUUAACUUGUCAGGAAGAUAAGACUAAAGGAAAUGAAGAUGAUGUGUGGUGUGUAAUGCACAACGGUACUGGAGCUGAAACAGUUUCCCAAACACAGAGACUAGAGGGAGACAAAGAGUCAUGUACAGCACAAAGUAAGCUGUUUAAGACAACAGCAGCAGUGAAACAGAAUGUACCAAUAGAGUUACACAACAGUGAAAGGAGUAAAGGUGGGAAGACAUCAGAGGAGGAGCAUACACUUUCUGACAUCAGGUGUGCAGGUUGUGUGUUGACUUUUGAGGAGGUGAACAGUCGCACUUUUGCACCUCUUCAACGUACUUGCAGCCAAAGCUGUGACAUCCAUAAACUUCUGCAAGAGGCCACAGACAGGUUCAGAACUCAUCACUGCAACCUCUUGAUCAAACGACAGAUCAAGGACAGCACUUUGGAGGUGGCAAACAAAACCUCUGAAAAAGUUCCAGCACAGUCAAAGAAAAACCUGAUAAACUGGAGGGACAUUAGAUUGACUCCUCUGCGCAGAGGGCCUCAAAAGGAGACACUCACCUCCGUAAGCAAAACUGGUCCAGGAUUAACCCCACUGAAAAGGCCUCAAGCUUCUGAAGACAGAAGACUAGAGAAUAGAAGUGAACAUCUUCCUCCAGAGGAUACGUUGAGGACUAGCAGACCUCCCUGCUCCACUAUGGAACUACAGCGGAAGAAGAGAAUUGACUUUUCUAUCAAGGAGGAGCAUUAUCUACAGUGUGGGGUGAAGAAAUAUGGGCGGUCCUGGAAUACCAUCUUAAGGGCAUACCCCUUUCAGCCUGGACACACCAAUGUUGACCUUGCGAAGAAAUACAAACGGCUGAUGAAAAAUAAAGCACUGGAUUCUGGUUUUGCCUAGUCCUGGUUCUGCUCCUUGGAUCCUGGACCAGCUUAAUAAUAAUAAUAAAUCGCCAUCCCGGAUCUGCCUUGAAGUUAUUCAGUUUGAGUUUUCCUUCUAACGCAAUUCAAAGUAACAUAUAUUCUUUAUACUAUAUUGUAGGAUUAUUUAUAUAUUUGCUUUUGACUUUGUAAAUUGUUUGCAACAUUCAUAAAAAUAAUUUCUGAUGUAGUUUUUGCUCUUAGCUAUUGUUAUUUUUGCUCUAUUGUUCUAUAUUAAACAAGGU